ACCGAAUUUUGUAAAGCCAACCGCCAUUUUAUCCAAGAUUCUUCUCAGCCACCAUCGUUCUGUCACUCAUAAUGGCGCCUAUUCUUCGCCGACUGGCUAUUAUGCCAGCAUUUCUUCUUCUCGUGUCUGCACAAGCCAACAUCACCCCACGCGGCUGGUAUCCCACAGUCAAGUCUAUUGAAGAAAUGGGCAACGUUAUUGAUCCUCAUCUCAACCGAGACUCUUGCGGCUCUACACGUGUAGGAGACCGAGUGCUAUGGUCGUGCCGCGAUACACAGCCCAAUGAUGUCAACGGCAAGCCAAUUCUACCUGUCUGGGCAUCAUCAGCAGCAUGGACCAAUUUUGGCUUCCUAAACACUCCGGAAACCAGCAUGUAUGCCACCUCCAGCCGCCAGCCCUACUUUCCCUACGCGGCCGAUGAGUGCCCCGAGAACUCGGCCGGCGGAUGUCCUGACGGCACGCGGUAUGCCAUCUGGAGCGACUCACCGCCUGUAGUCACCUCUGUUAAUGGUAAUAUCACGACAGCCUAUACAUGGAUUCGCAAGUCGCAUAUCCGUGGUCUUGAAACGGUGGAUAAAGACCCAGCGACGAGCUUGUACCGCUUUGUAUACGAUGUCAACUCACAUGAUCGCAACAUGGUGCCUCCUCAGAAACUCAUUGACGAACACUUUUGGCCGCAGGGCAGUAUUCCUUUUGGGGCAUAUGGCAGCGUCGUCAAGGAUGGAGUUGCCUAUCUCUUUGGCCAGCCAGACAACAAAAAGGUGUGUCUGGCGAAGGUGCCGGCUGCGAGCGUCGAGGACCAUUCCAAGUACCAGUAUUGGGUCAAUGGCAGUUGGACGAAUAAGCGGCCAGGGAUCAACGACAACUGCGAUAUUCCCAAUGUCAGUGCUGGUGGCCAGGGGACUUACUACUUUUCGUACCACUGGAACAAGUGGGUGUGGAUUGGCCAGCCAGGCAUUAGCGUGUCGUCGUACUUUAUGGUGACAACGGCAGACAAGAUUGAGGGCCCUUGGGAGAAGCCGGUUUUCUUUUAUCAGGGCCAUGAUGGCUCAGCUCCGCUGGCUGCGUAUUCGCUGCAGGCACAUCCUGGGUUGAGCGGACUGGGUAUUGCGGAUGGGAACGAGAUCUUUAUCACCUAUACGAAGCACGACGAGGACCAGUACACGACACCUCUUGUGCGAAUCAAGUGGAAUUAG